UGCGGCGAUAGAGGGGAGGCACUGAUCUGCGGGGCCUGCUGGGGAGGUGAGGGAAGCUGAUGAGGGGCUGCUAGUGGGUGCUCAGCACCCAUCAUUUUUCCCCAUAGAUGUUCCAGCCCCAGAAUAUCCACGGAAUCAGCGCCUAUGUUUUAAAUGUUUGCCAAGCCUAAGGGGCGGUUCCCUGGACCUAGCUGAAAAUACAGUGUCUGAGGGAUUGACUGGCAGCUUUCCGUGUGCUGACAGCCAAGAGAAGCAGUCAUGAGUCUGAUCCUGGCAGGAAAUGGAGACAGAGCUUGCUUCAGGCACAGGGUUCCCUGGAAAAGCAGGUGUAGACUUCUGAGUAAGGAAACUGCCUGCUGCUGUUUGUUUGUACUGUCUUCAGGGCACAGGAAUGUGUGGGACAUUGUCUGUAAAUAAUAAUGACUGCACAAAAGAAAUAUGUGAUUUUUAUAAUCAAUUUCUCCUCCGAAGGGAAGAAAGGAGCGAGGCCCCAAACACUGGCUAACUCCUCAGGUCAAAGGAGCAAUGGUACGACCUGGGUCAGAAUCUAGACCUAUGGCAGCAAAUGCGUUGCUGGGAAACAUUUGUGGGGAGCUCCAGCGGCAAACAGCCUGUGCAGGGGAGUAGAUUGCUGCUCAUUGUGGACUUCAACAUACCUAGCUUUGUGUCCUGAGCAGUCCUUAUUGUUCCUUCUCUCAGAGCUGACACUUCUUUCCCCAGAGUCAGACAAACCAAAACAUGGAUCCCUGGCUUGUGUUCCCCCCCAGGAGAACCAGUACACGUAGUGAUUAUGAGCUCAGUAUUGACCCAAGGAGAAAAAAAUUAUGGGAGGAGACUGGAACAGCUGGAAUGGGGUGGGGAGAGAACAGAAGACCAGAUAUCCCAGCAGCCAUGGCCUCAGGGACUCCUGUACAGGAAAUCCAAGAGGAAACCAAAUGUCCCAUCUGCCUGGAAUAUCUGACAGACCCAGUGUCCAUACACUGGGGGCACAAUUUCUGCCGAGUCUGCAUUACUCAGUACUGUGGUACAUGGACAAAGGGGGACUAUGACCCUGUGUGCUGCCCCAACUGCAGAGCCCGAAUCCGGAAAGUGAGUCUCCGGAAUAACUAUCAGCUAGCAAAUAUAGUGGAAAAAAUCAAACAACUAGAUUUAAAACCAGGAAAAGAGAAUUUGUGUGAGAGUCACAACAAAUCCCUGGAUCUGUUCUGUGAAGAGGAGUUGGAAGCCGUGUGUGUGGUUUGUGAGAGAUCCCCCGAGCACAGAUCUCACAAGGUGCUUCUCAUGGAGGAGGCUGCCCCGAAAUAUAAGGAAAAAUGUCAGGUGCAUUUGAAGACUCUGAGGAAAGAAAGAGAAAAGUUGCUUGGAUUUAAAGUGACUGGAGAGGAGAAAAGCCAGGAGAAACUGAAACAGAUACAAAAGGAGAGGCAGAAGAUCAUUUCUGAAUUUCAGCAACUGCUGCAGUUCCUGGAGGAACAAGAGCAACUCCUGCUGGCCCAGCUGGAAAAGCUAGACAAGGAGAUUGUGAAGAUACAGAAUGAAAAUAUCACCAAACUCUCUGAGGAGAUUUCCCGUCUCAGUGAGCUGAUCAGUAAGAUGGAGAGGAAGUGUCAGAAACCAGCAACUGAAUUCCUGCAGGAUGUCAGAAAUACUUUGAGCAGGUGUGAGAAGGGGAAGUUCCAGCAGCCAUUGGAGAUUUCUCCUGAACUGGAAAAGAGACUCAGUGACUUCUUCCAGAAAACUAUUGCUCUAAUGAAGACUCUGAGGGAAUUCAAAGCUACUCUGCCAUCUAUACUGGAGACAAAAAGAGGAGAAUCCCUGGGAUCACUCAGACUGGUGAAUGUGACUCUGGAUCCAGACACGGCUCACCCCCAACUCGUCCUGUCUGAGGAUCGAAAAAGUGUGAGAUGGGAAGACACAGCACAGGAUCUGCCCAACAAUCCUGAGAGAUUUGACACUAACCUCUGUGUGCUGGGCUGUGAGGGUUUCACCUCAGGGAAACAUUACUGGGAGGUUUCAGUGGGGGAUGGGCUCUACUGGGCUGUGGGGGUGGUCAAUGAGUCUGUGAGCAGGAAAGGGCGGAUCAGCUGUAACCCUGAGAAAGGGAUCUGGGCUGUGGAGUGCUGCUGGGGUCACUGCCAGGCUCUCACCUCCCCUGAGACCCCCCUGCCUCUCAGCCAGGUCCCCAGCAGGCUUGGAGUAUACCUAGACUGUGGACGGAGGCAGGUGACAUUUUUCGAUGCUGGUGACGGGGCCCCGAUCUUCGCUUUCCCACCGGCCUCUGUCACUGGGGGGAGAAUCCGCCCCUGGUUCUGGGUGGGGUGGCCGGGAUCUCAGCUCAGACUUUGGCCCUGAGACACAUGGCAAAGGGAAACAUCCUACUGGGGACCCUGAAACCAGCCUCUCUAGCUUCAUGCAGUGCAGCCUCUACUGUCUUGAGGCAGGGGUCUCUGAUCUGUCAAACCAUAGAGCGCAAGGAGUGAUGGAGGCAGAGAAGCCAACUUCAUUGCCCCAAGGAUUUUGCAGCCUGUUUGUCACUGUUCUCCUGUGACCCAGGAUGACUCUGUAGAUCUGGGCUCAGAUAGUGCCAUUGAAAAUGGGGAUGGGGAGGUGGAGGGAUAAGAAUGAAAAAAAAAUGGGCUUCUCUAGCUACUGUCAUCCAAGUCUCUGUGACCCUGGAGGACUUCCAUCUACCCAGUCCCUGGCUCUUCAUCUCUAUGACCCAUGGAAGCUCCUCCUCCCUCCCUCUAUGUAGCACCAAGGAUGGGAGGUGGAGGGGCUGAAGAACCUGUGGGGCUGCAGGAGCAGAGGAGCCCCAAGGGACAGAUGUGAGGGCUGGACACGGAGCAGAAUUAAUAGCUGGGCUGGGGACAGGCAGAUGUGGGGGUGGUAGGGACCCAGAAUUAAUUAAUCAGGGUUUGGGGAGUUGGGGAGAAGCUGGAUGCUCCGCAGCAGCAGGGAGGGUUUUGUACAGAUCAGUGAUGUUUUAUAAAUCUUUGUCCCUUUUGUGUUCCCUUUCCUUUCAUAUUGUUCAUUUUUUACUCACCAUUGUCUAGCACUCAUUUCCCAAACCUGUUGAUUUCUGUGUGUCUCUUCCACUCUCCUCUGGUCUCUGUCACAGAUCAUUCCCCAUAUUGUUCUCCAUUCUUUCCCCUGAAUUUGUCCCUUCCCCUCUCAUGGCCUCUGGCUGUUUCCCCUUUCACCCUUUCUCCAGGACACACUGUUCAUUUUGUUUUACUUUAUCUUUUCCUUUUGUUUCUUCUAUUCUUUCUGGUUCAGUCCCUCCUCCUCCCCCCCCGGCUAGGUGAGUCUGUAACUCAUUAAUUUCAUAUGUUACUUCCUUGAUUUUGUUGCCAUUUUAGUACUAUUAAAAAAAAUGUUUCCAAAAUAUGAGGGUCUCUUUUUCAUUAUUGUGGGUAUUGAAGCUGCUUCUCAGCUUCUUUUCACUCUGAUGGGUAUUUACUAUAAAUA